CUUGACAACGGGAAGCUUGCAAUCCCAAAGGUGGCCUGAUGCGAAGAGGGGAGAUGGUUGGAGAAGAUACGGCGUAGUUAUACCUAAGAUCGCAGGCACCAGAAAGUGAUCGAGACUGAAGGCGGCCUGAGAGAUCAGGCGACCGGUGUCCUAAUUGGGUAAGAAGCGGGUGAUGAUGUCAUGGCGCCGUUUCACUUUCCCCCUUGGGAUUUUCCGGCAUGUUCGAGACCAUCGCAUGGAACAUGCCGAAGAACUCAACAACAUCAAUUCUCCAAGAGUACGCUUUACUCAUUUACAUUCGAGAGAGUGUGUGUCAUUAUCUGGCACCUGUCGCCCUGAACUCCCUCCAUAAAUCAAUCCAUCACACUACAUCCUCAGAAACACACGCAGUUCCUGCGAAUGGUGGCUGGUCUGUCCUCUGCCCGGGAGAGAUGCCUCCAGUCGGGCUGCACUCCGAAGAUCUUCCGAUCAGCACUCCCCGUUUGAUGAAUGGAACGUUUGUCCAGCAUGGGGUGAAUUCCUUGUCGAAUGCACCAGAGACUGCUACUCUAUUCAGCUCCAAGCUGGGUUCGUUGCCAACCAGGACCGGAAUUGUCUGGGCCGACGAUGUCACCAGUGGAGCCAACCUUUCUCCCCGUCGUCCGCUGAGACUGACUAACUGGCCGAUCCUCACAAACCGGUCCAAUGUGCUUGCGUGCGCAACGGAUGGACUUCCGCCAACCAUCCCGAGCUCACUGCUCGGCAUGCCAAACCACGCCGGCGUGGACUUGCCUUGCUUCUCAGAACCCGCCAAUCAACUCUGGACUUGUCGGCUUCUCUCGCCAUUAGACUAUUUGUACUUUGUUCGGAGUAAACGGAUGGUCUUUGUUGCCGUAGAUCAUUUACCCGACAAGCAUAUUCAGGCACUGGACCCCGACCGCUACAACUACCCUUACCCACCAUAGACUCUCAAGUUGACUGGCUGGUAAGAAGCCCGAUCUUGAGCUGCCAUGCAAUAAUGAGGAUCUCACUACCAUGAUUGCUGCUCCCUGGCCACCCUUCGACACUGGGGCGUUGCAGUCAUUCCAGCGUCUUCACUGCAUGAGUACGACUACCAGACAGGGGUAUACCCGUGAGCAGGUGCUCUUGAUUAUACCACAAUCCAGUGUGCCAAUUUGUUGUCUGGAAGAGUGUUUGGAAGAGGGUAUUUGGGGUGUGGCGCCGAUGGAUCUUAUCGUUCUGGACGAAGAUCGUUUAUUGGCCGUCACCCGUCGAAUUUUCUGACGUCUUGAUUGUGACGCAAUAUUGACUAAA